AAACAUACACCGUGAAUACAAAAUUCACUGAAACUUCAUUGAAACAGAAGAGUUGUUGAAUACAGUGUGCAGAACAAUGUUAGAAACACGUUCAGCCAUUUAUAAAAUGAUAGAAGUGGCACGAAAUGAUAGACAGAUUGAAAAUUGGCCGUCACCGUACUCGUCCGAUAUGACAGAAUAUCGCGAGAGAGACUUUCAGUCACUUGUCAGACAUUCGUGCAAAACGAAACGCGUAACUUUAAAAAUCGCGAAGGCAAUAGUGAUCGGCGAUGUUUCAGUUGGAAAAUCGAGUCUAGUAAAUCGAUUUUGCCAUAAAAUAUUUGACAACAAUUACAAGGCAACGAUUGGCGUGGACUUUGAAGUGGAAAGAUUUGAUAUUCUCGGCGUACCAUUUCAUUUUCAAAUAUGGGAUACUGCAGGACAAGAAAGAUUUAAAUCGAUAGCUGCAUCUUAUUAUAGAAGUGCAAACGUGAUCAUGGUUGUUUUUGAUUUGACUAACUUGACAUCCCUGGGACACUGUCAACAAUGGUUAAACGAAGCAGCUCAAAGCAACACGGAACCGUAUUACAUAUUUUUAAUAGGAACAAAGCGAGAUUUAUUGUCUAGUCAGAUAUAUAAAAUAAUGGAGAAACGAGCAGCAGAAGUAGCGAGGAAAAUGAAAGCUGAAUUUUGGGCUGUUUCCUCUAGAACCGGAAAUGGUGUGUCGGAACUAUUCACAAGGGCGGCCGUGUUGUCUUUCAGUUCCAUGAUUCUCCAUGAACUGCAGAAUGUGAAACCGGAAUUAAUUAACAUUGGCUCGAAUUUGAUAACUUUGGAUGGUCAGAAGGAAAGGCUCAAAACAAGAAAAAGAAGAAACACGUGUGUCAAUUGUUCAACGUGAACAAUAUUUUUCAGAGAUUUGCUGAAUAAUUAAAUAAUGGACGUAUUAACUAUACUAACAAUAAGAAUUUGAUUUAAAUAAAGCGCGUUCCUUUUUUAAUCUUUGACAUAACGAUGUAAGUUUAUUCAGUCAGUGUCUUUUAUAUGUUCAUUGUUGUCAAAAUCAUUCUACUAUCG